AUGUCUGCUGUCCCAAGUGUUCAAACUUUUGGUAAGAAGAAGUCUGCGACUGCCGUUGCCCACGUCAAGGCCGGUAAGGGUUUGAUUAAAGUUAAUGGUUCCCCAAUCACCUUGGUUCAACCAGAGAUCUUGAGAUUCAAGGUUUACGAGCCAUUGUUGUUGGUCGGUUUGGACAAGUUUGCCAACAUCGACAUCAGAGUCAGAGUUACCGGUGGUGGUCACGUGUCUCAAGUCUACGCUAUCAGACAAGCAAUUGCUAAAGGUUUGGUUGCCUACCACCAAAAAUACGUUGACGAACAAUCCAAGAACGAAUUGAAGAAGGCCUUCACCUCUUACGACAGAACCUUGUUGAUUGCUGACUCUAGACAAGCAGAACCAAAGAAAUUCGGUGGUAGAGGUGCACGUGCUAGAUUCCAAAAGUCUUAUCGUUGA